UUUUUGGGGAGAGAGUAUUUCUGGGAGCUGAGAGUUAUUUUAGGAGCCAAAAAAUGACAAUAAAAAGUUUUUGUCUUUAUCUUCUAAUCUUUUCAUUUGACUUUCGUCUUCAUUGUCGUUUUCUCGUGAUUCUUGAUAGUUGGUUAGCUUCUCUUAGCAUUCUAUCCGGAUGGAGGGAGCUAUAAAUUCCGACGAUGACGAUUCCCCGUAUGCUUCUGUCGACGACAACGCGUCAACUACUAAUGUUUCAUCACCUGGAAGUAGAACUUCACCACUAGCGGCAGAUGAGGAGAACAGGCCAGCUGCUAUUUUCUCAAGUUCGGAAGGUAGAGCUGCUUUUGCACGGGCAGUCGCGUCUCUAGAAGACGAGAACAAAUCAGAUGUUGCUGCUGCUUCCGGUUCCGAAGAUAGAGCUUCUCCUGCAGUAGCAGCCGCGUCUUUAGAAGAUGAGAAUACGAACAUAUCAGGUGUCGGAGAUAGAGCUUCUCCUGCACCGGCAGUAGAAGAUGAGAAAACGGACGCAUCAUCUGCCGCUGUUCCAAGUCGUGAAGAUGGAGCUUAUCCUGCAUUGGCGGUCAAGUCUUUAGAAGACGAGAACACGCCACCUGCUGCCGUUUCACCCACUGAAGACAGAGCUUCGCCAGCUCCGCUUAAGUCUUUGGAAGAUGAUCACAACACAGCUGCUGCUGCUGCUGCUGAAGAUAAAGCCUCUCCUGUAGAAGACCAGAAGAGAUCAAGUGAUGUUGUUUCAACGGCUGAAGACACUGCUCCUUCUACGCAUUCGAACGAAUCAGAUCCAACGGCUAAAGGUAAAGCUUCCCCUGCAGUGGCACUAAUGUCCUCCGAAGAUGAGAACAAAUCAGCUACUGCGGUUUCGGUUUCAACAGCCGAACAGAGUAGUAAUUCUCAAUCAGAAGCACCCAAGUCAGCCGACGUUUCGCCUUCUGCUGAAAAAGAUGCUCCACCGCAGAACUUGGGCGCGCCUAUAGACAGCAUACUCAUGGUACCGGAAGAUGGAGAUCCUCCCGGAGGGGGAGGGGCUAACCAUUAUAGUUACGCAACUUAUGGAGAAUCCAAGUCCUCGAGCGCGUUGGAAGUGAAAACGAGUAGAAACGACGUUUCCAAUGGACAUACACUUGGAGAUGACAAGGCAGAAGGCAAGAUAGUUGCGCGACCAACAACAGAUGAUGACUGCGUGCCUUCGGUUUCAUCUCCGUACCACAGAAGAUGUGUUAGUGUUGAUAUCAUUGCCAAAGUUCCUGCUAAUUAUAGUAGCAGUACUCCAAGUCCAAAAACCACUGAUUCUGCCAAAGGGACUGACAAUCCCGGCGGCUUAACCAGAACACAAAUCGACACAGCAGCACCCUUCGAGUCUGUCAAGGCCGCCGUUUCAAAGUUUGGGGGGAUUGUCGACUGGAAGGCCCACCGCGUGCAUACUGUCGAGAGACGGAAGUUCAUAGAGCAAGAGCUCGACAAAGCGCAGGAGGAAAUGCCGUCGUAUAAGCAACAAUGUCAGGCGGCCAACGAGGCGAAAAUCCAAGUCCUGAAGAAGCUAGAAAGCACUAAAAGACUAAUAGAAGAACUAAAGCUUAAUCUUGAAAGAGCACAAACAGAAGAGCAACAAGCAAAACAGGAUUCCGAACUUGCGAAGCUGAGGGUGGAAGAGAUGGAGCAAGGGAUCGCUGAUGAGGCUAGCUUUGCUGCCAAGGCGCAGCUUGAGGUCGCCAAGGCACGACACGCAGCUGCAGUUUCGGAGCUCAAAUCUGUUAAAGACGAACUCGAGCAACUCAGACGAGAUUAUGACUUGCUGAUAGCUGAGAAAGAAGCAGCUGAGAGAAAAGCCGAAGAAGCUCUCUUUGCAUCUAAACAAGUUGAGAAGUCAGUGGAGAGCUUGACAAUCGAACUUAUUACUCUGAAACAAUCGUUGGAUUCUGCACAUUCCGCACAUUUGGAGGCGGAGGAGCAUAGAAUCGGAGCGGUUAUGGCUAAAGAGCAAGACAGUCUUAACUGGGAGGUGGAGCUAAAACAGGCUGAGGAAGAGCUCGAGAAACUAAACCGGCAAAUGAUCACAACGAAAGAAUUGAAAUCGAAGCUGGCUGAAGCGAAGAGGUUGCUGCAGGAUUUGAAGGCUGAAUUGGCUGCUUAUAUGGAAUCCAAAUCGGAGGAAACCGGUAACGGGGAUCCACUGAAAGAGCCCGUGACAAAAACUCGCGCGGACAUUGAGACCGCCAUCAAUGCAGCGAAGAAGGAGCUAUCAGACGUAAAGCUCAAAAUAGAGAAAGCAACCAAGGAAGUGAACAUCUUGAAGGUGGCCUCGGCGUCGUUGAAAUCGCAGCUGGAGAAUGAAAGCGUGGAGCUUCAGGCCAUCCAAGAGAGGGAAGGGACGGCGUCGGCUGCAGCUGCAUCCCUCGAAGCAGAGCUGAAUAGGGUGAAGUCAGAAAUUGGCAUCAUGCAGACGAAGGAGCAAGAGGAGAGAGAGAAACUGGUUGAGCUUCCCAUGCAACUACAGAAGGCAGCUCAAGAGGCGGAACAGGCAAAGGAGCUUGCACGAACAGCCGGCGAGGAGCUCAAGAGAGCAAGAGACGAAGCAGAGGAGGCCAAGGCGGAGGUAAGCACGAGGGAAGGUAAACUACGCGCAGUUCAGAAAGAAAUCGAAGCUGCAAAGGCGGCCGAGAGGCUGGCACUGGCAGCUAUAAGUGCAUUGCAGGAGAGCGAGUCUGCUCAAAGGAACGUCGAAGAGGAUUCAGCAAACGGAAUCACACUAUCUUUAGAAGAGUACUACGAGCUCAGCAAGAGGGCUCACGAGGCCGAGGAGCAAGCAAACGCGAGGGUGGCCGCAGCUAUGUCUCAGAUCGAGGCGGCCAAGGAGUCGGAGCUCAAGAGCUUGAGUAAACUCGAGGAAGUGAGCCGCGAUAUGUCAAGGAGAAAGGAUGCGCUCGAGGUUGCCUUGCAGAAGGCCGAGCAAGCCACGGAGAGGAAACUCGGUGUUGAACAAGAACUCAGAAAGUGGAGAGCUGAUCACGAGUACAAACGGAAGAAUGCUGAAUCCCUUGGUCCACCACCUAUAAAUACUGGUAGAAGUUCAAAAGAUGGGAAAGAAUCUAAGAAUCAUGACCACCAUCAAAAGUCUCCCAAAGGCACUACCACCAAAGGCGGAGACUCCACUGCAGACGGGAAAGCUAAGAAGAAGAAGAAAUCAUUCUUCCCAAGAAUCUUCAUGUUCCUUGGAAGAAAGAAAUCAUCGCAUUCGUCCAAGGGAGAGUAGAGUAAUCAUCUCUUCAAAUUUUUCGUAUCUCACAUGGGAUGGGACCCUCUAUCCCUUUUUUAGUGGUGUCCCACUUUUAAUUUUUUUUAAUUUUAAUUCAUUAUAUUUUAGUGUUAUUUUAAGAUAAUUAAUUAGGAUUCACUAAUUCAUUUAGGGGGCGUUUACUUUGUAGGAUUAGCCUUGAUAGAUAAAAAUAGUAAGGCUUAUUAAUCCUUUGUUUACUUUGAUGGAUUGCAACUUUGGGAUAUCACAAGGCCCUUGAUUAUUUUUUAUCAUUCAAGCUAAUUUUACUUGAUUCUUAUC